AUGCCAAUUGCCAUUGUUGGUAUGGCAUGUCGUCUUCCAGGAGAGGCGACCUGCCCAGACAAGCUUUGGGGACUCCUUGCAAAGAAGGAAGCAGCGUGGAGCAAGAUGCCUGAAGAUCGGAUGAACAUGGAUGCCUUUUACCAUCCUGACGGCGAGAGAGGAGGAAACACAAACGCACCUGGAGGUCACUUCCUGAAACAGGACGUUGCUGUUUUUGACACAUCCUUCUUUUCUAUCCCUCCCACUGAGGCUAAGAGUAUUGACCCUCAACAACGUCUUCUCAUGGAAUGUGUAUAUGAAGCCAUGGAAAAUGGCGGCUUUUCCAUGGAGGCUUUUGCAGGCUCCGACACCAGUUGCUAUGUUGGUAGCUUCUCACACGAUUACUACGAAAUGAUUGACCGCGACCCUGAAACGGCUCCUCUAUAUUCCGUCACAGGAAACGGAACCUCUAUCCUCUCUAACCGUAUAUCCUAUCUUUAUGACCUUAAAGGCCCUAGUUUGACACUGGAUACUGCUUGCAGUAGCAGUUUGGUCGCUCUGCAUCUUGCGUGCCAGAGCUUGCGCAUGGGCGAAAGCCACUGCUCUAUUGUUGGUGCUACCAACGUUAUCCUCAAUCCGGACAUUGCAAUUGGCAUGUCCAAGGUGCAUUUCUUCAGCCCUGACUCGCGUUGCUGGACCUUUGACGAGCGGGCUAACGGUUACGCUCGUGGUGAUGGUAUCGCGUCUUUGAUUCUCAAGCCGCUCGCCGAUGCCCUGCGAGAUAACGACACUAUUCGUGCCGUCAUCCGAGGCACUGGUUGCAACCAGGAUGGCAAAACAUCUGGUAUCAUGUUGCCGUCUAGCGAGGCUCAAGCCGCAUUGAUCCGGCAAACCUACAAAGAUGCCGGCCUUGGUUUUGGGCAAACAGGUUACUUUGAGGCUCACGGAACUGGAACUCCGGCCGGUGAUCCCCUUGAAACUGGGGCUAUUGGGUCCGUUUUCGCAGAACAUCGUCCUGUGGACGAAAAUGGCCAACCAAUUCCUUUGUACAUCGGAAGUAUCAAGACAAAUGUCGGUCAUACCGAAGGUACCAGUGGGUUGGCAGGUAUCCUCAAGUCUGUGCUCCAGUUAGAGCACGGUGCAAUUGCCCCCAAUACCAAUUUCGAGAGACCUAACCCUCAAAUUGACUUUGAUGGUUGGAAACUUAAGGUCCCAACCACUCUUGUCCCCUGGCCAGUAGAAGGGUUGCGACGAAUUAGUAUUAACUCCUUCGGUUUUGGAGGAACAAAUGGACAUGUCAUUCUUGACGACGCUUACAACUAUCUCGCUAGCCGCGGAUUGAUGGCCGCUCACCGUACAUCUCCAAAGCCCGUCAUUACCAAUGCGGCCAAUGGCGAUGCUACUGAGUAUCGUCGCAGGCGUGUUUUCCUCUGGUCUACCCACGAAGAGGGUAUUGGUGGCAAGAGUGGUGCUGCGUAUGCUGAGCAUCUGGCAAAGCGGAAGGAAGACGACGAAGAAACAUUCUUGGAUAACCUCGCUUACACUCUAUGCAAUCGUCGGUCCAUGCUUGCAUGGAAAUCCUUUCUGGUUGCAGACUCUUUGCCCGAUCUGGUCUCAAAAGUGGCUGCAACCCGACAAACACCAGUGCGGCCACUUCUCCAUGCGCUGAGGACAGCAUUCGUCUUCACUGGUCAAGGAGCUCAGUGGUUCGCCAUGGGUCGAGAGCUUGGAAAAGUAUACCCUGUCUUCCAACAGCGGCUGAAGCACGCCGAUCUGUUUGUGAAGAAUCUAGGUGCUGACUGGUCUCUGCUUGAGGAACUCCGGAAAGACGAGGAAGAAUCCCGAAUCAACGAGUCUCUUGUUAGCCAAACGGCAUGUACCGCCCUGCAGGUCGCUUUGGUGGAUCUAUUGGCCAGCUGGGGAAUUCGCCCUGAAAAGGUGAUCGGCCACUCCAGUGGUGAGAUUGCGGCAGCUUAUGCAGCUGGAAUUCUGACUGUUGAGUCCGCUCUCAAGGCAGCCUACUACCGUGGCUUGUUCUCUAGUCAAGUAAAGACCAAGCUGCCCUCUGCUGAUGGAGCAAUGAUGGCCGUCGGCCUCUCAGAGGAUGAGGCCAAGGAGAAGAUUGCGGCCCUACCUCCUUCACUGGGCAAGGCUUUCGUUGCUUGUGUAAACAGCCCAACUAAUAUCACUGUGUCUGGAGAUCGCCCUGCUCUGGAAGCUCUAUCCGAGACCCUCCAGCAGGAUAGCGUCUUUGUUCGCUUCCUGAAAGUCUCCACUGCCUAUCACUCGCAUCACAUGGAAGCCGUUGCAGCUGACUAUGAAAAAUCCCUGGAAGGUAUGGAAGUUAAUUCCAUCUCUAAAGACGUGGAAAUGGUCUCCACCGUGACUGGUGAGAUUGUCACAUCAGCUGAUGUUCUCGGCCCUUCAUACUGGAGCAAGAACAUGGUGGGCUGUGUCCGCUUUAAUGACGCCUUACAAGUCCUUUGCACUCCUCAGGCAACUACGAAGCGCGCACGUCGAGGAGCAGGCACUCAAGCCGCUCUCGAUGUGCUGGUCGAGGUCGGUCCCCAUGCCGCUCUCGCUGGUCCCAUCAAGCAGAUUCUCGGUGUUCCUGCCCUUGAAAAGAGUGGCAUUGUAUACAAGUCAGUGCUCUCCCGCGGUCAAGAUGCCUGUCAGACUGCUAUAGAAACGGCAACUUUCCUCUUCGCAAAAGGAGGUAACGUCGACCUCUACAAGCUCAAUUUCCCAGAGAGCGUCGAUCUUAAACCCCAGGUGGUGGUUGACCUCCCUACCUAUUUUUGGAAUCACAACAAACGUCAUUGGUGUGAGGGUCGAUUGAGUGCAGAGCACCGCUUCCGCCGACAUGCACGUACCGACUUCCUAGGGUACCCUGUAAAUGACUGGAACCCUAUGGAGCCUCGAUGGAGGAAUAUCCUCAAGCUCCGUGAGCAACCGUGGCUGAAGGGACAUUGUGUUCAGGGAUCAUACGUUUUCCCCGGUGCUGGGUAUAUUGCUAUGGCUGUUGAAGCAAUGUCACAUUUGCGCGAUAUGCCUGAGUACACUGUGCCCAAGGGAAAAUUUGUGGGCUACAAGUUGAAGGAUAUCAAGAUCAACCGUGCACUCAUCAUUCCAUCAACCGAUGAUGGUGUUGAGACCAGCUUCUCUGUGCGUCAUAACAAAGAAAGCAGCUCAUCCUUCUCCAAUGUCUGGUACGAGUUCCGCCUGUUCUCCUACACGUCUGAUGGCUGGGCUGAACACGGCCACGGUUUAAUCUCUGCUGUCCACGAACUUGAAACCGGCCCAUCCACAAACUUCUUCCCUUAUGCACCUCGGUUGAAUACCCUUUUAAAAACCGAGGAAUUCACCGGUUCCUGCAAUGCAGAUAACGUGUAUGAUAUUGUGGGUCGCGUUGGUCUGGUCUACGAAGACCCCUUCCGGGGCUUGACCGGUGACAUAAAGACCAACUCAGGCGAAGCGAAAGCGAUAGUGACUGUUCCGGAUACGAAAAAGCAUAUGCCAUUCGAACACGAGAUUCCAUACCUUAUUCAUCCAUCCACCAUGGACAACUACAUUCAUUCACUUUUCCCAGCCGUGAUGCACGAUAAUCCUAAUCCUACGAGUCCUUACAUACCAGUCUCCUUUGGCGAUAUCUUCGUCCGCGGUGACAUCAAUCAGUCACCAGGUCGCCGCUUCGAGUGUGUAGCGACUGCGGGAUUUACUGGGUUCCGUGAAGCUACCGCCCACUUCCUGAUCGCAGAUGAAGAAACCGGGGAGCCGAUGGUGGCUUUCAACGAUGUGAAAUGCAGCGGUCUGGAUAUAGGUGGUCGCCAGGGCGAUGGAGAAGAGGGAUCAAAUGCAAAGAAGCUCACAUUCCAUGCUAGCUGGAAACCCGAUGCCGACCUUCUUCCCCAAGCUAUCGCUAAUGAGAUGAUGGCUCCAUACAUUCCUGAGGUUGAGGACCCGGAUCGCGUCGCAAACCUUGAAUUGAUCUCAUACUAUUACUAUUACCAGGUUUUGAAAAAUGUCAACGAGUCGCAGGUCGUCACCAUGAAGCCUCAUCUCCAGAAAUACUACCGUUUCAUGCAAUACCAGCGUGAUCUCGUUACCGCGCAUAAAAAUCCACACCAAACCCCUAUGUGGGAGCAGUUAGAUGAUCCUGAGGUUGCCGCUAAAAUGGAAGUACUGGCUACGCAGCUUGAGGCCACUGGUGAUGAAGCUAAGUUGAUUAUCCGAGUCGGUCGCAACCUCGCAAAGGUCAUGACUGGUGAUAUCGAUCCGCUCGCUCUCAUGUUGGAAGAUGAGCUACUCUACCGAUACUAUGAGGGUGUGAUGAGCUUUGACGGUCUUUACCAGUACACCACUAUGAUCUCCGAAAAGAAUCCCAACUUGAAAUGCAUAGAGAUUGGUGGUGGAACUGGUGGUGCUACUAAGCCUAUCCUUACGGCAAUGGGCGGCAACAAUGGUAGAUACCCCCGAUUCCAAUCUUAUACGUUCACCGAUAUUUCGUCCGGCUUUUUCUCGGAAGCCGAGGAGAAGUUUAAGGAUUGGGAAGGUUUGGUCGAGUUCCGUCGACUCAACAUUGAGGAAGACCCUGUUGAGCAAGGAUUUGCCGAAGGUGAAUAUGAUAUUGUCGUCGCUGCCUCUGUUCUCCACGCUACAACGAACAUCGACCGUACUCUCUCACACACCCGCAAGUUGCUCAAGCCCGGUGGUCGUUUGCUCCUAGUCGAGAUCACCAAUAUCCUCAACCAGGCAUUUAUCAUCUUUGGCUGCUUGCCUGGUUGGUGGAUGUCCGAGGAGAGCUAUCGCCCCUGGGGUCCUACUAUGGACCAACCGAUGUGGGAGGAAGCUCUCAAGCGCAGUGGGUUUGGUGAUCUCUCUAUAGCUGUUCCAAAUCACGUUGACCCUCGGGAUGAAUUGGGCCGUCUGUUCUCUUGCGUGGCAGUUGAUGACAGUCCAGCGGUGGCUCCUGAAAUCCAGUCAGUUGUUUUGGUUACAGAUAGUGAGACUGAGUCGUCUUCUGUUGAAAUGGCCAUUGAAAAACAGCUAGGCGAGAUCUCCAUUCCCUUCAGUAAAACGACUCUCUCCCAUAUUUCCUCUACAUCUUUGGAAAAGGCCUUCGUUCUCUCCAUCGCUGAACUUGAACGAUCCGUCGCUAAAGAUAUGAAGCCCGCUGAGUUUGACGCCAUCAAGUAUAUCCUCAAGAACAGCGAAGGGCUUUUGUGGGUCACUGAAGGAGGAGCGUCCAUUGCGAAUACAACUCGUCCAGAGUCCGCCAUUUUCCAUGGUCUCGCUCGUUCGCUGAGGUCUGAGUACGAGAAUUUCUCAAUUAUCACAGCCGAUUUCGCGGCCAUUGAUCGUCAAGCUCCCGAAGUUCCAGCUGAGCAGUUGGUGACCCUCUUGCGUAAAACUCUUCGUGACCCGAAGGCACAGGACAUAGAAUACUGGCACGAUGGUGUGUGCUGGCAAGUCAAGCGUGUCCUUGAGUCAGUUGAUACCAAUGCCGAUAUCCAGAGAAGAGUUUCGAAUGAUGGUACUGAAAGUGAGAUAUUGGAAGAGCAACCAUUCUACCAACCCGGCCGACCACUUAAGCUGAAAAUUGGAAGCCCUGGUCUUCUCGAUACACUUUAUUUCGAGGAUGACCUCAUUGUUGGGGAGCCUCUGGGCGCUGACGAGGUGGAGGUUGAAGUUAAAGCAUCAGGUGUUAACUUCCGUGACAUCAUGAUCAGUUCCGGUCAAAUGUCUGAUACCUCUCUGGGCUUCGAAUGCAGUGGUGUUGUGAGCCGAAUCGGCUCUAACGUUUCCCACUUGAAGGUCGGCCAACGAGUGGCUGCUUGGACGGAUGGAAACUUCAGCAACUAUGCUCGUACUCACUCUGGACUGGCCCAAGUGAUUCCUGAUAAUAUGAGCUUUGCUACUGCUGCUUCGGUCCCAAUUGUUUACACAACUGCAGUCUACGCUCUGAUGUACGUUGGCCGACUUCGCAAGGGCGAGUCUAUCUUGAUCCACGCCGCUGCCGGUGGUGUUGGUCAAGCAGCCAUCAUCCUCGCCCAGCUAAUCGGCGCCGACAUCUUUGUCACGGUCGGUACACAAGCGAAGAGAGAUCUAGUCAAGCGAGAGUUCGGUAUUCCCGACGAGCGUAUCUUCUCCAGUCGUGACCUUCGCUUUGCUAGGCAGAUUAAGGAGGCCACUAACGGACGCGGCGUAGAUGUCGUGCUCAAUAGCUUGACUGGUGACGCUUUCAGUGCCACUUGGGAUAGUAUUGCUAUGUUUGGUCGCUUUGUCGAAAUGGGCAAGAAGGAUCUGAUCGACAACCGUCGUCUCGAGAUGUCUAAUUUCCUUCGCUGCGUUACCUUUUCCUCGAUUGAUUUGAUGACCAUUCAUAGACUUGACCCCGUCCUGGCUGGAAAGUAUAUGGCGGAAGCUUUCGAGCUACUUCAUGCCAAUUCAAUCCGUCCCAUCCCAUCAAUUACCACAUUCUCCUUCUCCCAGUUCGAGGAGGCUUUCCGUUACAUGCAGCAAGGGAAACACGUCGGAAAAGUAGUAAUGGUGGCUGAAGAAAAUGAUACAGUGACGGCAACUCCUCGGUCUAGUGCCGAAUAUGCCUUCCCUGAGAAUGGUACAUAUUUAAUUACUGGAUUCGGAGGUCUCGGUCGAAGCAUGGUGCGCUGGAUGGCUUCUCGCGGCGCAAAGAAUUUGAUCCUGGCUUCUCGAUCGGGUGCUGCCAAGCCUGAAGCCCAAGAGCUGAUUUCAGAAUUGCAGCAAUCUGGUAUUCGAGUUGAGAUCCUCAAGGUCGAUAUUACCGACGGCACUGCUCUAAAAUCUCAACUGAGCAGCCUCUUGCAAGAAGAGAAUUUGCCCCCUCUGCGUGGUGUCAUCCAGGCUGCCAUGGUGUUGGAAGAUCAAAUCUUUGAAAAUAUGGCUCUUGAAUCCUUCAACAAUGGACUCCGGCCCAAGGUUCAUGGAUCGUGGAAUCUACAUGAAGCCACGCUGGACAAGCCCCUUGACUUCUUCAUCAUUCUGGCUUCCGCAGUCGGAGUCAUUGGUAACUCAGGUCAGACAAACUACUCCGCUGGUAACGCCUAUGAGGAUGCCCUGUGCCAAUGGCGGCAAGCCCGCGGUCUGCCAGCCGUCGUCAUUGAUUUGGGUAUGAUGCUGGAUGUUGGCGCUGUUGCCGAAGACGAGUCUGGAUUGGCACAACGAAACCUCGAGCGUAAGGGUUUCGUGGGAAUUAGAGAACAGGAGUUCCUGGCCAUCCUUGAGAUUGCCAUUAUGAAUGACACUCACAAGAAGGAGCAGAAGGAUCCAGCCUUAAGUCAGAUGAUUACCGGUAUUGAACCCCGCCCGGCGACUGACGAUGCGGACGAACCAACCUGGAAGUCUCUCCCAACAUUCUCCCAUCUUCCCAAGCUCAGUGCCCGCGUAGCCAUCACCGCAAACACUGCAGGUGCCCAAUCCACUGCAUCCCUUCUGAAGGCGGCCGUGACUCUCAGUGACGCGGUGGCUGUCAUUCUCAAUGCUACCCUGACCAAACUGAGCCGCAGUUUGAUGAUUGAUCUUGCUGAAUUAGACCCUCUCCGACCAACCAGUGCUUACGGUGUUGACAGUCUGAUUGCUGUCGAGGUGCGAAAUUGGUUCAUAAAGGAGAUUAAGGCAGAUGUUGCCGUCUUUGAAAUUCUCCAAGCCAACAGUAUCCAGAGUCUAGUCUACCUUGUGGCUGGAAAGAGUGGUCUGAUCGAAAGCUCUGUAAAGGAGAGCGAGUAGUUAUUUAUUCCCAUUUUGUAAAUUGCAUUUCAACUUUGAAUCCACCAAAUCUUUG